UAGGUCAUUUGUGUCAACAUCUCUCUCUCAUCACAAAACCAUGCAAAAGAAGAGACAGAGAUUUAAACACAUGUGAAACACCCCGAACUCUGUUGAUAAUCAUUAGGGGCUCUGGUUUUUGCUGGGCCCCAAGCUUUCCUAUGUAAAUGGGGAAUAUUUCCGUACCAUAAAUAGAAAAAAAAAAAAAAACCAGUUAUUUAUCUAUUUCUCUGAGAUCUUCAUGGAAACCGCAAUGCCCUUCCCUUCAUUAACCACUUUUGGUUUUUCCUUCCUUUUGAUCUGUCACCACUGUUUAUAGUUUAUUUUUUCUGGGUUUUUUGUGGUUUUCUUAUGUGAUAAUUCAUUGGGUUUCUUCUUUCGUUGAAUUUAAAGGAUUGAAGAUGCCUUAUCUAUGCAUUUAAUUUUUAAUGUUUAUUUCUGAUCGCCGAAAUCAUCAUAAUUGUCAGGAUAAUAUGGAUAAUGAUGUCCUUUUUAUUGAAAUGAUCAAUGUUUUAUAUCGGGCUUUUCUCAUAGUUUAAGGCCAUUCGAUAUCUUUCUAAUCCCUGAUUUCUCUCUCUGCAUUUGUUUCCUAUUUUCCUUUUACUGUUGGGCUCUUAUUGUUGCUCAAAUCCAGCAUUUGGAUGCGAAUGAGCCGACACUGGUUUUUCUAGGGUUUUUAAUGGGUUUCUGUUUCUUGGGGUUUUAUGGAUUUUGAAAGACUGGUUUCUCCCAUGUUUUAUUUCAAUCUUAGUGACGUUUUGACAGGUUAGUAUAAUUGUUUUCGCCAUUUGUUGGUAUGCUGAGAAAGUUAUGUUAAAGAGGGCUGGUUCUCUAUUUCUUCCCCAUCUAAGGGUUAAAACUCCUCUCUAUUCUGUACUUUCUGAUCCUGCAACUAUUGGUUGCGGAAUGGCUCUGAACCAACAUCACAUUUCUUCAAAUUUAUUGCGCUCUGAUUAUAGUUUCUUAACUAACAACCCAAGGAAGUUCUAUAGUGUUGGAAGGAUUAAUGGGAAUUGCAGGUUAAAUUUGAAGAGUUAUUUUGAUCACGGGUUGUUUAUUAAUGGAGGUUUCGGCAAGAUGCCUCCGCAUAAAUUGGCUUAUGAUUCAAAGAUUGCCAUGAAUUGUUCUGUUAAAUCCACUGUGAAGGUUGAUGAGGCGGUGGAGACAAAACCCAUUAAUGGGUUUGGAGAUUUUGAGCAUCGAAGUCCAUUGAGAUUUCUAGACAGACCCAUGCCUCAAAAACUGAAUGUCGCUGUAGAUGUAGAUGAGGUUCUUGGCAGCUUCCUUUCAGCUUUAAACAAAUUCAUUGCUGCUCGCUAUGCUUCAAAUCACUUGGUGUCAGAGUACCAUGUGUAUGAGUUUUUUAGGAUUUGGAAUUGUUCUCGGAGUGAAGCUGAUAUCCGAGUUCACGAAUUUUUUACAACACCAUACUUUAAAACAGGGAUCCAUCCUAUUCCAGGUGCUAGAAGGGCAUUGAUGAACAUGUCAACUUAUUGCAAUUUGUCAGUAGUGACAUCACGUCAAAAUGCCAUCAAGGAUCAUACAAUUGAAUGGAUCGAAAAGCAUUAUCCAGGGUUGUUUCAGGAGAUUCACUUCGGCAAUCACUUCGCUUUGGACGGAAAAUCACGACCCAAAUCAGAAAUUUGCCGGUCACUAGGAGCACAGGUCUUGAUAGACGAUAACCCACGAUAUGCAUUGGAAUGUGCUGAAGAGGGCAUGAAGGUUCUACUUUUUGACUACGAUAACACAUACCCUUGGUCUAAAACUGGUUCAGCAACUUCGCAUCCUCUGGUCACCAAAGUUCAUAACUGGCAAGAAGUUGAGCAACAAUUGACUUCAUGGGUACCAUCCUAAGACCUUAGAAGAUCUGGACUCAUACAAAACAAAGCAAGCUUGGAGAGAUUGGAAAUCGCUCACUUUUCUCCUUUGGCUUUGAUGAAAUGCCUUUAUCUCUAAUUUGCACAAUCACGUUGUGGUGGUGUUAGAAUGAUCGAGCUUGAUGCCGCUUUAUUUUGCAACAAAUUGAACAGUUAAUAGGCCACAGAGGAAUACACAUCAAGGAUUUUGCUGCAAGUUAUACCUAUAUAGGAUGCAUUUGAACGUAAUCUCUCUCCCCCUCUGAGGAACCCAAGGCUGGGUUUAACAGGAUCAACUCACUGUCGUGAAUUCCCUUUACCUUUUACGGAAUACACCAUUAUUAAACGAUGAGGACAUUUGCAUGUCUGUGUAACAUUUUAUAAUCUUGGACGUAUCAUUGUAUGCGGUGUAUAUUGUCUCUCUAACUUGGACAACAUAAUGAAUAAGAUGAGCCUUUUUGUGGUGGUGAA